AUGGAGGAGCAGGAGAACUCCGCUGAUGUGGUCACAGGUGGUUACUAUGAUGGUACAAGUGGAUAUAAUAGUAAUUUUCCUGAGCAAAGCUUAAAAAAUAAUGUUAACAUAGAAGAAAAUGGUGCUCAGUGCUGGAAUAACCAAGAGCAAAAGAAAACGGGAAAAAAGGCAAAAGAAGUGACUAUGUUAGUCAAGGGUCAGUGGACGGAAGAGGAAGACAGGAAUUUGAUGAAGUUGGUGAAGCAGUUUGGAUUGAAGAGAUGGGCUCAGAUAGCUGAGAAUAUGGUGGGUAGAGCAGGAAAACAGUGUCGUGAGAGAUGGCAUAACCAUUUGCGACCAGAUAUCAAGAAAGAGACGUGGAGUGAAGAAGAAGAAGUGAUGCUAGUGGAAGCGCAUAAGCAAAUUGGAAAUAAAUGGGCAGAAAUUGGUAAAAGAAUUCCUGGAAGGACAGAGAAUGCAAUUAAGAAUCAUUGGAAUGCAACUAAAAGAAGGCAAAUUUCACGGAGGAAUAAGUUGAAAAAAGAGGAAAGGUCGAAUGUUCUUCAAGAUUAUAUUAGAAACAAGUACUUCAGUGAUGAUAUGAGUAUUAGUAGUAGUAGUAGUACUACUCCUCCAACAAAUGAUAAUAAUAACAUGAAAAAUCCCUGUCCCUAUCUCUAUCCCUAUUCUGAUGAUGAUGACGACACUCCAUCUUUGCUCACUAAUCAAACAUAUGAUGAUGAAAUGAACUUCAUGCAAAAAUUGUUUGGAAAUAAUUCAUUGGAUGGUGCAAAUAUGACCACUCAACAUCAACUUUUUCUUCAUCAGGCCGAAUAUGAUCAAGCUGCUUCAUCUUCAUUUUCAUCAGGAAGAAACAAAGACAUGGUUUUAUCUUCUAGCUACCCCGACCAACAAACCUCCACCAACAAAUUCUUUUAA